GUUUGUAGAUUGUCUGGCUGUAUGGUGACAGAGGAAGGCUGUCGUUAUAUAUCUUCAGCUCUGAGUUUAAACCCUUCACAUCUGAUAGAGCUGGAUCUGAGCUACAAUCACCCAGGAGAUUCAGGAGUCAAGCUGCUUUCUGAUACACUAAACAAUCCAAACUGCUUACUGGUCAAACUCAAUAUGGAUCAUGGAGGAGAAUUCAGGAUUACCGCAGGACUACGCAAAUAUGCCUGUGAUCUUACACUUGAUCCAAACACAGCAAAUACUCAUCUCAUUCUCUCUGAGGAGAACAGAAAGGUGACACGAGUGGUAGAGAAUCAGUCAUAUGCUGAUCAUCCAGACAGAUUUGAUGUGCGUCCUCAGGUUCUGUGUAGAGAGAGUCUGUCUGGGCGCUGUUACUGGGAGGCUGAAUGGAGUGGAUAUGCUGGAAUAUCAAUGACAUAUAAGGGAAUCAGCAGGAAAGGUUGGAGUCGUGACUGUGAGUUUGGAUAUGAUAAAAAUUCCUGGAGUCUGAUCUGCUCUGAUGGCACAUUCAUUGCUUUUCAUAGUUAUAAGCUAAACGUCAUACGUGUCCCUUCAGAGUCCUCUAAUAGAAUAGGAGUGUAUGUGGACAUGUCGGCUGGCACUCUGUCCUUCUACAGAGUCUCUGACACAAACACACUCACACACUUACACACAUUCAACAACACAUUCACAGAGUCUCUUUAUGCUGGAUUUGGGUUUGGGUUUUAUCAUUUGAACUCCUCAGUAUCUCUAUAUCAGAUUGAAAAGUCUGUCAACAGAGACAGAAACCUUUUACGCACACCUGAAUAAAAAUACUCUCACUUUAUAUUGCUUUAAUAAUUGCAUAUACACUAAAGUAUGUGUGUAGUCCUGUUGAC